AUGGAGGACGGUCUGCUGGAGAUCAUGACCAAGGACGGCGGCGACAUGCCGGCCCCUCUGGAGGUGUCCACCGUGCCGGCCGUGGGGGACGUGAUCUCCGGAGAGUACAACGGCGGCAUGAAGGAACUGAUGGAGCACCUGAAGGCCCAGCUGCAGGCCCUGUUUGAGGACGUGAGGGCCAUGCGGGGGGCCCUGGACGAGCAGGCCUCGCACAUCCAAGUGCUCUCGGACGACGUGUGUGCCAACCAGCGGGCCAUCGUCUCCAUGUGUCGGAUUAUGACCACGGCGCCCCGCCAGGGCGGCUUGGGCGUGGUCGGCGGCAAGGGGAGCUUCCCGGGCGUCCCCCAAGAGCCGGAGACCCCUUCGCCUAUGAUCGGGGACAGCGGCUUGCCGGGUCUCGAUCCUGAGGACGAGGGGGACGACGACGAAGAGAAGGAGGUGCCCAGCCCCGCCACACCCACCAGUCACUGUGAGCGCCCUAAGAGUCCCUGUGCUGGUCUCCUUGGGGGGAACGGGCCACUUGUGGAGCCCCUCGACCUGCCCGACAUUACCCUGCUGCAUCUGGACGGCGAGGCCUCCCUGUGAGGGGACUCCACGGGGGCACUACCUUCCCGGGCUGGCUUUGGGUUUCACAGUGCGUGAGGCAAGGGGACUGAACGGCGCGGUGCAGCUUCACAACGACGGCUGCUCUUGUGGGUCGGGCAGAGAGAGACUCCCUCGAGGAAGGAUUUGUAGGGCGAAGGACUUUGGGAGCAUCAAGAAUUCUUUCUGCCCGAACCAAGCGAAUCAUAGCAAACUGACGAAAGGUGAGGUUCCGGGAAAGGAAGCGCCUAUCUCCGGAUUCCCAUCCAUCCCCUACCCUACCCUUUACUCCUCCCCAGGAAACAGGAGAACCCCUGAAUUGUAAAUAAAAUUCUGCUUUUUUGUAUUCUGAAAAAGGACUUAUCUAGGACUAUGGCAAAUAAACUAACGAUUUACCUAGAAAUUAAGGAAUUGGGGUAUUCUGUUCUGGCAACAGGAAAUCUACCCCUCUGCUGAAAUCCAGGACAUUCAGUGUUCUGCAGAAGCCUCUCCCCCUCACAGAUCUCUGCGGCUGCUGAUUGGUAAAGGAAGCUUGAGGAGGGAACCGCAGCCCUAUCUGGGUGAAUGGGGUUCCUAGGGCCCCUGGGCUGGGAGGAGCUGGCUAUGAAUGUGCAUGAAGACAUAAUAGCUCAACCUCUAGGAUUUUGCAUGCAGAGCCGAUCCUGCCUUGCCACUGACUUCAUCUGGGAUUGUUUUUCCACUCACUGGGGCUUAGAGAACAAAGAGCCCAGUUCACAGGCAGAGACUCGGGGGUGCUCAGCGACAGCCCAGAUUUAGGGGACGUUUGAGGGACUCUUGGGGGCCGCAGCCAAAAACCGUCUCUCCCGGCUACACCUGCUUAACUUCAGUUCUAUUUUCUGUCAAUAUGUCCCUGCCCUCUGCCUCUCGGUGUUGCCUCCAUAAUGUCUUGUGUGUGUUAUGUGUGUCCACUUGUGUAGUAGUGUGUGAGCCCUGAGGGGCAGGGCUUGUGGCUCCGGUGUUAGGUUCAGGGGGCUUCAGACCCUUCUCUGAGCCCUAAAUUAUCAUGGCGCUUCAUCUUCUCUGCUUCCCCCACCCCUCACCCCCACAACCAGGGCAUGGAGCAUGUGGCUGUCCUGAGGUUUACUAACUGAUGUGCCUCCCUCCCACCUCCUCAAGUGGUGACUUUGUGUGCCCUCCCCCCUCCUUUGUGUAUUCUUUCUCAAUGCUUUCCUUGUUAACCUUAAUAAAAAGGCGUCAUCUCCCCUC